UCAGAAAGUCAUUUCUAUGCUUCAAAAAAAAAGAAAGUCAUUUCUACACUGGAUUGGAUUCCAUUUUUUCCUUUCUUCUGUAAGAAUCCAAGUAUCGAACUAAAAAACUAAAACCAUAUUGAAGUUCUUAAAAUCGAUCUCAGAUAAGAAGAAGUAGAAGCUAAAACCCUAUAAUGAAGUCAAUGAUUUCAUUGUCACGCUUGCUCAAUUCGCAAGCUUCACUCCAGAGACUGUAUGUAGUGCCUGCAUCUAGAAGUGGGAGGUAUUUUACAACGGAUUCAAAUAAGGUAGAUGAACCAUUUAAGGUACCAGAAGCAGAAACUGUACAUGUGCCUCCACCUCCAACAGAAAAGUUACUUGUGCUCGGUGGAAAUGGAUUUGUAGGUUCAAAUAUCUGCAAAGAAGCCUUAGACCGUGGUUUGUCUGUCUCUAGUCUUAGCAGGAGUGGAAGGUCAAACGUAAAUGAAUCCUGGGCUAACAAUGUGGUCUGGCAUAAAGGGGACCUUCUCGAACCUGAUUCCUUAAAGGAUAUCCUGAAAAAUGUCACUUCGGUGAUAUCAUGUGUUGGAGCUUUUGGGUCAAAUUCAUAUAUGUACAAAAUCAGCGGAACAGCUAACAUCAAUGCAAUUAGAGCUGCUUCAGAACUAGGUGUUAAAAGAUUUGUCUAUAUCUCGGCUGCUGAUCUUGGUGUAGCAAAUUAUUUGAUGCAAGGAUAUUAUGAGGGCAAGCGAGCUGCUGAAACUGAGUUGUUGACAAGGUUCCCAUAUGCUGGAGUAAUUCUCAGGCCAGGAUUUAUUCAUGGUACCCGUAAGGUUGGAAGUGUAAAGUUACCUCUUGGUCUCAUUGGAUCACCAUUGGAGAUGGUUCUUCAACAUGCUAAACCCUUAAGCCGAGUACCAUUGGUGGGUCCUUUGCUCACACCUCCUGUAAGUGUAAAUGCUGUCGCGAGGGUCGCUGUUAGAGCUGCGACUGAUUCCGUGUUUCCUCCUGGCAUCGUAGACGUGUAUGGUAUACUACGCCAUGGCCAACAAAAGUGAGCAGAGCAUUAUGUUUCUUUUUGUUUGAGUUCAGCGAAAUAAAUAUAUCAGCAGAUGAUUUUAGAUAUCUUUUUCUUAAAAUGGAUUAUAUUUAGACACUGAUCUCACAAUCUUUUUAUGUACAAAAUUGAAAUUCCAGUUUUGAACAAAAAUUGCAUGUAAUAAUAAAAGUGGGAUACAUGGACCAAUAAGUUUCACUCCCCACUGUUCUCUACCUAAAUUCCUCGUUUUUCCA